UUAAUGGAUCACAUGAAGAUCCACACUGGCAAAAGGCCGCACCUGUGCAACACCUGCGGAAAAUCUUUUAGACAAUCAUCAACGCUCAAGAACCAUAAAAUGAUCCACACUGGCGAAAGGCCAUUCGUGUGCAACACUUGCAGCAAAACCUUUACUAGAUCAUCACAUCUUAAAAGCCACAUAUACACGCACACGGGCGAGAAGCCCUACAUCUGCAAAACAUGUGGAAAAAGUUACACAGAUCAUUCCAGCCUAAGGGUUCACUCGAGGACCCACACCGGCAAAAAGCCGUACCUGUGCAACACCUGCAAUAAAACCUUUAUUACAUUAUCAAGUCUUAAAUUCCACAUAACCACGCACACGGGUGAGAAGCCCUACAUCUGCAAAACAUGUGGAAAAAGUUACAGGCUACCUUCCCACCUGGUGAUUCACUCGAGGACCCACACCGGCGAAAGGCCAUACCUGUGCAAAACCUGCAGCAAAACCUUUGCUGAUUUAUCAAAUCUUAAACGAUGCUCCACCCUUCAAUGCAGAGAUUUCAUCCUUGAAGGCUGCGUGCUGACUGAAGUGGAUAAUGGCAGAUUCUGCUCUGGUGAGGUUGCACAACCACAAGAAAAUGUUUGUAAGGUGGAGGAGGACGGGGUUUUCAGUGACCAGCACCUGGAUAACCUGGAGAGGAGCUGCAGCCUGGACCAGGAGGAACCAGGGCAUCCACAGACUACAGAACUGGAGGAAGACUCCAGCGGUCAGGAGAUUAAGCAAGAGGACGUAGAGGUGGAUGUCUCAUUGGUCAAUGUCGCUGAUGUGAAAGUUGAAAAUGGUGAACCAGGACCAAACUGUGGCCAGCUGCUGUUGCACACUUCUCCUGAAGCUCAAAACAAAGAUGAGGAAGGGACUGAAAGUUUACGCUCAGACUCCAGUAAAACUGCAGAUCAGGAGCCAAUGAGACGACACGGUGACCACGAAGAUGCUGCUGUCCCGUCAGACAGCAACUGUAAAUCAAAGCUGACCAGGACCCACACGGGGAAGAAGGCGUUUUCUUGCAGCACUUGCAGGAAAGAGUUCAGUAAAAGAAGUAUUUUAAUGGAUCACAUGAAGAUCCACACUGGCGAAAGGCCGUUCGUGUGCAACACUUGCAGCAAAACCUUUACUAAAUCAUCACAUCUUAAAAGCCACAUAACCAUGCACACGGGCGAGAAGCCCUACAUCUGCAAAACAUGUGGAAAAAGUUACAGAGAACGUUCCCACCUGGUGGUUCACUCGAGGAUCCACAGUGGCGAAAAGCCGUACCUGUGCAACACCUGCAACAAAACCUUUACUACAUUAUCAAAUCUUAAAAGCCACAUGUACACGCACACGGGCGAGAAGCCCUACAUCUGCAAAACAUGUGGAAAAAGUUACAGAGAACGUUCCCACCUAGUGAUUCACUCGAGGACCCACAGUGGCGAAAAGCCGUACCUGUGCAACACCUGCAACAAAACCUUUACUACAUUAUCAAAUCUUAAAAGCCACAUGUACACGCACACGGGCGAGAAGCCCUACAUCUGCAAAACAUGUGGAAAAAGUUACACGCAACGUUCCAACCUGGUGAUUCACUCGAGGACCCACACUGGUGAAAGGCCGUUCGUGUGCAACACCUGCAGCAAAACCUUUACUAGAUUAUCAGAUCUUAAAAGCCACAUAACCACACACACGGGGCGAGAAGUGAUAUUAGUGCAAGAUGUGCAACAAAGGUUUUAG